GGUGGUGGCCUGAGCGGAAGCCUAAGUGGGAUGCGGCUGACGCGGAAGCGUCUCUGCUCGAUUCUCAUCGCCGUGUACUGCCUCUUCUCCCUCUACGCCGCCUACCACGUCUUCUUCGGGCACCGCCGCCGGACGCCGGACGCGCCUUUGCGGGGCCUCAGGAAGGGGGUUGUCCCGGUGCGGGAGAGGCGCGGCCGAGAACAAUCUACUUUGAGAAGUGAAGAAUGGAAUCCUUGGGAAGAAGAUGAAAAAAAUGAACAACAACACAGACUUAAAACUAGCCUUCAGAUAGUAAAUAAGUCCACAAAAGAGAAAAAACACUUCCAUGUACAAAUCUGGGGCAAAGCUGCCAUUGGUUUGUAUCUCUGGGAGCAUAUUUUCGAAGGUUUACUUGAACCCACUGAUGUGACUGCUCAGUGGAGAGAAGGAAAUUCAAUUGUUGGAAGAACACAUUACAGCUUCAUCACUGGUCCAGCUGUGGUCCCAGGGUACUUCUCUGUUGAUGUGAACAAUGUGGUCCUGGUUCUAAAUGGAAGAGAAAAGGCAAAGGUCUUUUAUGCCACCCAGUGGUUACUUUAUGCACAGAAUUUAGUGCAAACUCAGAAACUCCAGCAUCUUGCUGUUGUUUUGCUAGGAAAUGAGCAUUGUAAUAAUGAAUGGAUAAACCAGUUCCUCAAAAGAAAUGGAGGCUCUGUGGAACGACUUUUCAUAAUAUAUGACAGCCCCUGGAUUAAUGACAUGGAUGUUUUUCAGUGGCCUUUAGGAGUAGCAACAUACAGGAAUUUUCCUGUGGUGGAGGUGAAUUGGUCAAUGCUACAUAAUGAAAGGCCAUACUUGUGUAAUUUUGUAGGAACUGUUUAUGAAAAUUCAUCCAGACAAGCGCUAAUGAAAAUUUUGAAACAGGAUGGGAAUGAUAAGCUUUGCUGGGUUUCAGCAAGAGAACAGUGGCAGCCUCAAGAAACAAAUGAAAGCCUUAAGAAUUAUCAAGAUGCUCUGCUUCAGAGUGAUCUCACCUUGUGCCCAGCGGGAGUAAACACAGAGUGUUACAGAAUAUAUGAGGCUUGCUCCUAUGGCUCUGUUCCUGUAGUGGAAGAUGUAAUGACAGCUGGCAGCUGUGGAAAUUCAUCUGCGUACCUGAAUGCUCCUCUGCAGUUACUCAAGUCCAUGAAUGCUCCUUUCAUCUUUAUUAAGAACUGGAAGGAACUUCCUGCUAUCUUAGAAAAAGAAAAGAGUAUAAAUUUAGAGGAAAAGAUUCAAAGAAGAAAAAGAUUACUUCACUGGUAUCAGCACUUCAAAACAGAGCUAAAAAUGAGGUUUACUAAUAUUUUAGAAAGUUCAUUUUUAAAGAACAAUAAAAAUUAA